AUGGGGAAAUUCAAAAGUAUCCUUCUUUUCUGCCUUGGCUUUCUUCUAGUCCAUGUAAGAGGUCAACGUGAUUUUGAUUUGGCUGAUGCUCUUGAUCACCCAGAUGACAUAAUUACCAGGAAGCCUACAGUGAUCAGAAGACCGACAAGGCCUGUGCUGAACAAUGAUCUGCACUUGGGAGAUGCUCUUGGUGGGGGUGACAUCCCAAGACAACCUUUAUACCCACCUCUUCCACCACGACCAGGAACCUAUGGUAAUUCUGGGGGUUUUGAUGACUCCGAUCUCCUUGAUGGGAAGCCUUUACCACCUCACAUAGCAGGAGAAGAAGGGCAUCAUUUCAAUCAAGGAGGAAACACAGAUUCAGGAUUAGUAGCUGGAGUUACAUCUCCUUUAAUUUCUGCUCUUGUAAUAUUAGUGGUUGGAUCCAUAGCAACCUACUCUGCUUACAAGAACAAGAAACUUUGUUUCAAACCACAAGGUAAGACCAAAGCACUUUCCCACCUUCCCAGCUGA